AUGGCAUUGUAUCUCCGUAUUCGCAAAAGUGGCCGUCUCAUCGCCUACAAGUCGAUCAAUCGGCAGUGCUGGCCACCUACAGAAGAACAGAUUCAACACACCUAUCCAAUCCCAUUGGUCCUGUUGCCAAAGGACAUGGAAGCUAAGCGUAGGAAGGCUUAG